UUAAUCGGCGAGAUUAAUUGGGGGCGCCUCAUAGUUUAGUAAUUGGUAAUUGAAGAUGGGUGAUGAGUAAAGCAAUUAACUUUUGACAAAUUCGCCCAAAAAAUAUAGGAAACGACGAUAGUUGAGUGGGGAGGGAGAAGAAGAAGAUGGCGCUGAGACAGCUAGCAGCCGGGGGAAAGACGUUGCCAUCUCUGUUGAAAGUGUUGAGGAAGGAUAUCUCAAAACCCCAUCUCAUAACUCAACCUCUGCCUUCACUCCGACGCACUUUCUCUCUAUAUGAUCAGAUCAAUCUCAUUGAUAAUGUUCCCGAAGAUCAACUUCGCUUUCAAGGGUUUGACGAAACUGGGUUUAAUGUAAAUGGAGUCAACUAUGAAGGUAGCUUGCUUUGUAUUGGAAAUUUGCUAAUGUCAUGGAGCCCUAAGAGGUUUGCAGAUGUCACCCCUGAAAGCUUGUCCAUCUUCCAGAUUCUUCGGCCAAUUCCAGAAAUUUUGAUUCUUGGUUGUGGAAGGCAUAUCGAGCCAGUAAAUUCUGAACUCCGGAGCUAUGUUCGUUCUGCAGGCAUGAAAUUGGAAGUAGUUGACUCGCGAAAUGCUGCCUCUACGUACAACAUUUUGAACGAGGAAGGUAGAAUAGUUGCAGCAGCUCUCCUUCCCUAUGGAGUGCGUUCAUAAUAUUAGGUCAUGUGACCCAAAUCAAAAGUUUUCAGCAAACUCUUGCUCUGCUUUGAUGCUGCCUUUGACUAGCGGCGGAAAAUUGGUGCUACGUACUUGUUGUAUUUGGUACAAUAUCAUUUUCAAGAAUAAGUGCAACAAAUGCUCUGGAAAAGGCGGCUUUGAUAAUUUUCGUGGUGGUUUAAUGCUAUGUAAUAUGUACAUCAACAAUAGCUUGGUCGGUUGGGUGUAUUGUGUUUGAAAUAUCAUUCAUACAUGUUUUUAAUUUUGUCAAUUGGAAAAUACCAUUUUUGUUUUUUCUUUAA